AUGUCCAUCCAACUAGGCAAACUAUGCUCUCGAAUUGCGGAGCAACACUUUGGAGAGGUGGUACGAACCGUAGUGGAUGAUUUGUUUGCGUCGAUCGCCAAACCACUUUCACAAAUAAUACGCUCUACAGGGUUAACUAAGUCAGAGGUAUGUAAAUCGUUGGCUAUUUUGAUCAAGUUUGGUAUGGUCGGAUUCAAUAUGAACAAAGCACAAACAGCUUACGAGUAUCGAUUAUACUAUGAUCGCAUAGUUAUGGUGCUGCGUUACCCUCGGUACGUACAUUUGAUUCAAACAAAAUUUGGCCAUGAAUCUGCUGUGCUGAUGGAAGAACUGCUGCGGUCGGGUGCCCAAUCAGCUUCACAAAUUAUCAUCAAGUCGAUGUCGAACGUAGAUAAUAAGGAUCGCAACACGUUGGCUUUCCUCCGUGAUACAUUUGCAGCACUUAUUCAAGAACACUACAUCAUCCGUGCCCCGGAACCCAAAGCGAGCGAUGGAAAUGUCGAGUUUAUGGAACUAUGCUAUGAUGUUGCCAACCCGUUCGUUAUGCCCGAAUUAGAUUUGCGAAUCUUAAAUGACAUGCACGCUGGGAAGCCAGUCAAGGCUCCAGAUGAGGAUGUUCACUGGCUUGUAAACGUGGAACAAUUUCAUAUUGAUUUUCGCAACGCAAUAAUGAUCACGGCGAUUGAGCGAUUGAUCGACAGCAAUGCAGGCGAGUGCAUGAAAUAUUUACUCCAGCUGAUGCAGGAACGCACCAAUCCUUGGGAGGCGGUUUCAAACCCGAUUGCGCUAGUUGAUUUGAGGCAAAGAUGUGAGAAGAAGUCUACAAAUGUGGAAAUGCUACGCUAUCUUGAUCAGUACAUCUCAGUGAUGGAAUCUAACGAGUACGUAUCAAAGUUCGAUACCAAGGGUGGCGGCCAGUAUACGGUGAAUGUAAAGAAAAUAUUCGAGCAACUUACCUGGGCGUGCAUCGAAAAUGUCAUUGUGGAAAAGUACGGAUCCAAGGCGGCCCGAAUAUUUCGAGUAAUUCGCAUGAAAAAGUACGUCGAGCAGGAGGAUAUUCAGAAGGAAGCCAUGGUACCAGCAAAAGAGGCGAAACAACUAACCUAUAAGCUGCUUGAAGAGAACUUUCUCCAAAUUCAAACGUUCCGUAAGCCGGGUGGUGGUAAUGCCGGUGCUCCGAAAUCAUUCUUCCUCUUUUACAUCAAUCAGGCGCAAAUCGUGGCGAUGUUAUUGGAAUUGAGUUACAAGGCGCUGUACAAUUCGAUUACACGCUUAACGCACGAUAAGACUGUGAACAAGCGAUUGAUUGAGAAGAGUCAACGGUUGGACAGCAUUGUUGAAACAAUGAAGGAACGUGGAGAAUCAGAAGCUUACAUAAGUGAAAUCCUGGAGACGCUAACACCGCCUGAGCAAGAGAUACUGGCUAAGGUAAAACUGCGCGUGAAAAGUUUAUACAGUGCAGAGAUCGGUAUCGAUGAAACUAUUUUCAUGCUAAAGUUAUAUCAAGAGUAUCAAAAUAAAUGA